AUGGCCAUGGUGCAGGGAGCGGAAAGAAUCGCAACGUGGCUUUUCCCCUCCACUACGACCGACCGUCCCAUGGGGGAACCGACGACCACGGCGGAGCUGCCUACGCUGAAACUCUUGCUCAUCGGAUCGUCGGGUGUGGGCAAGUCCGCGUUUGUGAGAAGGUAUACAGACGACCUGUUUGUGGAAGAUGACGCGGCUGCAACGAUCGGCGUGGAUUACAAACUCAAGAGUGUUUGUGUGGACGGCAAGUGGUUCAAGCUGAGUAUAUGGGACACAGCUGGCCAGGAACGGUACCGCACACUCACGAGCAGCUACUAUCGCGGCGCACAAGGCGUCGUUUUGAUGUACGAUAUCACAGAUCUACGUACGUUUGAAGAUGUCUCCGAGUGGAUCCGUGAGUUGCGCAUGUUCCAGGGCGACGUGCCACCCGUGUGCUUGUUGGUCGGCAACAAAACGGAUGUGGACGAAGAGCGGCAAGUGACCACAGAACAGGGACGUGAUUAUGCUGAUGAAAAAGGUAUGCUAUUCAUGGAGUGCAGUGCCAAAGCGGGGCGCCAUGUCGACGAGGCCUUUGACGAGCUUGUGCGCAAGAUUGUCACAACGCCCGCCCUCUGGCUCCAUGUGGCGCCUGGCGUGCGACGCCCCGGUGAUCGUAUUCCUGGUGGUGCGCCUGAUGCCGGAGGCGUCAUUUCUCUGACAGGUGUAUCAAGCUAUGUCACCGCUGCGCAAGAUCGCUGUGGAUGCUAA